UUUUUUUCUCAAACUUGAGUCAUUUUUCAUGGAAUUCUGAAGAAGGAGCGAUCCUCUUUCAGUGAUGCAGGUGGGGAGUGACCAGAUUUGGUGACCAGUAACCUCACCACAUGCAGAACACCGUAACCUCUAUGUUCACAUCACUGCGUACGUCACUGGUACUGGUCAAUCUCAAUGGGCUGGCCUUCUCUUGAUAGUAUCACUUGUACUUAUAAUUACUACUAAUAAAGUAUUUGAUUGCGGAAUUCUUCAUUUAGGACUCUCAAUCGUCAUCUUCCGUGACUCUUGCAGCCACUGUUACACAGAUUGUAAGACCAUAUCUAUCACCUGCCUCACUUAAGUCUAGUUUCCAUUCCAUCAAUGGCGCACUCCAGAUCUCCCACAAGACUGUCGGUGGACAAUCAAAGCCUCAAGGGCUAUCAAAGGGCUGACACGUUGCCUCUUGCUUCAAGACAGGAAGGCGUGGGAUUUCCCGGGAAACAGCAAGAGUUUAUCAGAUCACACCGCCAGGCGCUGCCCGCACGUGUCCGCCGUUCGUCUUGUUCUGUUUCUGAUUUACACCGAAAUUACCACCAAGGCACAUCUGCGUCUCAAAACCAACAAACGCCACUUUUGCAACGGCUUCUUGGCUCGCAGUUCAGUGUGCUGAAUCCGUACUCCAGCUUUGAUGUAUCAAACUCUAGUAUUAAUUUAAAUCCAGAGAGUCAGGCUCAAGACUUUGAGCCUUUUCGGGACCUGGACGAACCUUUCACUCGGGCCAGUAUAUUGAGUAUUUUCAGACCCGAGAAAUUAAUCGGCCACUACGAUAUUUUGGCAGAUUGGAAAGACUUCUUCGUGAGUGACUUGUCCCUUGUAAAGAACAAGAGGGUGCGUAGUUUCUACCAUGACCAGAAUGAGCUCAUUCGGCGCUUUAGCGAGAUUGACCACUUCUUAGAUUAUGGGAAAAUGCACUUGAACAUGUUGACCACUUACACAAAUCCACAUGGACACGAUGACGACAACUCGAAAUCACGUAUCAAUGAGUAUCCUGGGAAUAUUCGCGAUGGAGGACAGUUCUUGGGGUUUGACGAGGAGAAGUCGUCGUCACAGGUUGUUUUGGCCAUAAUGGUGAAUUUCGUCAUCAACUUCUUCUUGAUGCUUGGAAAACUUGUUAUUUCCCUUCUUACAAACUCGCUCUCUGUGGUUGCGUCUUUGGUUGACUCAAUCCUCGAUUUCCUUUCUACUUUUAUUAUCUAUGUUGCGAACAGACUAUCGACCUCCAAAAGCUGGCGGACAAAGUUUGCGUAUCCUAUCGGCAGAACCAAGCUAGAACCUCUUGGAAUUUUGAUUUUUUCUGUGAUAAUCAUCAUAUCAUUCUUCCAGGUCGGUCUAGAAUCCUUCAAAAAGUUGUUCCUCGAUAAGUCCACAGAUAAGCAACCGGCACAAAUUGGCUGGGAUGCAAUUUCCAUCAUGCUUGUCACAAUUAUUGCCAAGAUCUGGUGCUGGUGGUGGUGUUCUUUGAGUAAGUCCAGUUCUGUGCAAGCUUUGGCCCAGGAUGCUGUCACUGACAUCAUGUUCAAUACUAUAUCCUUGAUAGUACCAGCGGCGGGGCACUUACUAGAUGUAUGGUGGUUUGACCCGCUUGGGGCUUUAUUGCUAUCAUUGUACAUCAUGAUAAUCUGGGGCCAAACUGCUUUCGAGCACAUUGACAAAUUGACUGGGGCAGUUGCCGAUCCUGAUGACUAUAAGGUUAUUUUGUAUCUUGCUUAUCGAUUCGCGGAAUGUAUUAAGCAAAUUACUGCCUUGAAAGCGUACCAUGCGGGUGAUAAACUUACUGUUGAAAUAGAUGUUGUUUUCGACACCGAAAACUUCGAUGUUGGUUUCAAAGAUGCCCAUGAUAUUGCCGAGGCACUUCAGUACGCAAUAGAAACGCUACCCAUGGUCGAAAGAGCAUUCGUUCAUAUCGAUUACAUGGAGGGAAAUUUCAAAGGACACUUGACCUGA